AUGAAAGAGUGGAGAUACGUUCCAACAGAUCUGAACGUAGCUGAUGAUGGAACAAAAUGGAAAGGACUUCCUGAUUUGGCCCCGAAGGCGAGAUGGUUCAACGGCCCCGAGUUCCUACAGUACCUGGAAACAGAUUGGCCGCGUUCACCAACUAGAACGAAUUCCGUCAAUUUAGAACUUCGCCCUAGUGUAUUGACGCACUUCAUUGCCCCAGAGCCGAUAGUUAGCACGAGCAAAUUCUCCAGCUGGAAGCGAUUGGUUAAAGUGGUCGCUCUUGUUCAACGGUUUCCCGUCAACUGUAGGCUGAAGAAACUGCAGAAGCCAAUCGUGAGCGGACCAUUCUCCGACCGCGACAUAUCCUCCGCCGAGUCGUACCUAAUUCGUCAAGCCCAACAAGAAGCCUACCCGGACGAGAUAGCAGUUCUUCGGAAGCAGCAGCAGCAGCAGUGCUCGGACCAACCUUCGACUUCGAUUCCCAAGUCAAGUGUGCUGCACCAGAAAACACCCUGGAUGGAUCAGAAUGGGAUCCUGAGGAUGCGAGGACGUAUCGCCGCUUGUCAUUACGCGACCGAAGAUUCUAAGCAUCCUGUAAUACUUCCCCGUGACCACCCCACCACCAAGUUAAUCGUUGCACAAUACCACCAAAAAUACCACCAUCAGAAUCACGAGACCGUGAUCAAUGAGAUUCGCCAAAAGUACAGCAUACCUAAACUUCGCAUGACCUACACGAAAGUGCGAAGAGACUGCCAACGCUGUAAAAACGACCGAGUAAUUCCACGCCCGCCGAUCAUGGCUGACUUGCCGGCGGCACGACUUGCCGCUUUCGAACGACCUUUCACCCAUACUGGCGUUGACUUCUUCGGGCCGUACGAGGUCAUCAUUGGCCGCCGAGUUGAGAAACGCUGGGGGAUGCUCGCUACCUGUCUCACGAUACGUGCGAUUCACAUCGAAGUCGUUCAUUCCCUCAACGCUGACUCGUGCGUCAUGGCAAUUCGGAACUUCGUGGCCCGACGAGGAAAACCACGAGUGAUCUAUAGCGACCGGGGCACCAAUUUCAUCGGAGCGAACCGGGAGAUGACGGAAGCGGAAAAGCUAGUGAGCCAAGAGGAGCUAAUGAAGGAGUUCAUCGAUGUCAACACGAGCUGGGAAUUCUUGCCUCCCUCUUCCCCGCACAUGGGUGGUAGCUGGGAACGCUUGAUCGGUUCCGUCAAAAAGAACCUGAUGGCGAUCCUACCAGCACGGAAGCUUUCGGACGAGGUCCUGCGGAACCUGCUCACCGAAAUAGAAGGCACGGUCAAUUCCCGACCGCUAACACACGUUCCAGUUGACGACGAUUCAGCUCCAGCCUUGACACCCAACCACUUCCUACUCGGGGCAUCCAAUGGAAUUAAGCCUCUCUGCACCCUCGAUGACAGCGGUGCCGUGCUGCGCCAAAAUUGGCGACUAUCUCAAGUCCAAACCAACCUGUUUUGGAAGCGCUGGGUAAGCGACUACUUGCCCGAGAUAACUCGCCGUACCAAGUGGUUCGUCCAUACGAAGCCGAUCGAGGUCGACGAUAUAGUGGUCAUAGCUGACCCGAAGAUGCCACGGAACUGCUGGCCGAAGGGCAGGAUCAUAUGUACCCAACCUGGACGAGACGGCCAACCCAGAUCAGCAACAGUUAGGACAUUGACCGGGAUCUACGAGCGUCCGGUAGCCAAGAUAGCCGUGCUAGACGUGCGGCGCGGAACGGAGUAA